AUGGAAGGUGAUCAGAAACAGCAGCAGCAGCUUGGUUCAGAGAAUGGCGAUGGUAGGCCGAAACCAGAUGACGGCUUCAUAGCAAGCGCUACAAAUGUCUCAUCGAAACCGGAUCAAACUACGCACGAACUCACGGCUCUGCUGUUGGGUGGGUCAUUCGUCGAUUUCGACUUCAGUGACCGGACAACAGAAAGCUGCUGGUGCAUGAAAAAGACUGCUACGAGGAGUAUCAGUCAUCUGCUGUAA